AUGAACAGAUCUGUUAAGCCAGGAGGCUAUAACGAGGCAGCCAUCUUGUCUCUCGGUCCUGGAGCUCCAUCCCCUGAGUACUUCCCAUUCGACCACACGUCUCUCCGGGUGCCGUCUGCCCGGGAAAUUGCUGUAAUAGGGCCAAACCAUGCCGGGGUGACGCUUACUGCAAACAAAGAUGAUACAAGAGCCGGUAGGAGCGACUAUGAUCUCUCUUCUGCAUUGCAGUAUGGCGUCGGUACUGGCGCUCGCCAGCUGCUAGACUUUAUGACACAACACACAAAGCAAGUCCACAACCCACCGUAUCAGGACUGGAAAUGUGUCAUAACUGGUGGGAACACAUCAGCUCUGGAUCUUGCACUUCGUACCUUUACAGAUCGGGGGAGCUAUGUCUUGGCUGACGAGUAUACAUAUGCCACCGCCUUUGAAUGCGCCAGACCUCUUGGUGUCAAGAUACUAGGUAUCAAGCUGGAUGAAGAAGGCCCUAUUCCGAGCGAAUUGGACAGAGUCCUUACCGGCUGGGAUGAAGACCAUAUGGAAAGUAAGAAGCCGCACUUGAUAUACAUGGUCCCCACAGGGCAUAAUCCGACGGGAGCAACCCAAUCGCUCGAGAGACGUCACGAGAUCUAUCGACUUGCCCAGAAGCACGAUCUGUACAUAUUGGAGGACGAUCCUUACUAUUACAUCCAGCUGCCGGCGAAUGUUUCCGAGCAUGUUGAAGACGUGACGCAAAGCAUUCCCUUCUCAGUUAUACCAAAGACUGCUCUCCUCCCAAGUCUGCUCAGCAUCGACACAGACGGAAGAGUAUUCCGAAUGGACUCAUUCUCCAAGAUCCUCGCCCCUGGACUACGCACGGGUUGGGUCACAGCUUCGAGCCAGGUUGUCGAACGCAUUGUUAGAGCGCACGAAACGUCACUGCAAAACCCAAGUGGAUUUUCACAAAUCGUUCUUUACAAACUCCUCUCCGAGGCCUGGGGUCAAGAAGGUCUGAUGUGUUGGCUCAGUCACCUUCAGAUUGAAUACACAAUUAGACGUGAUGCGCUGCUACGAGCCUGUGAACUGUACCUCCCAGCCAAGGUGGCUUCGUGGAAAGUGCCACGAGCGGGAUUUUUUAUGUGGAUCAAAAUCAACUGGUUGCUGCAUCCUCUCGCCAGGCAAAUUGGUCAACGUGGAGUUGAGAUGCAAAUUUACGACACCGCCAUCAAGGCUGGGGUUUUAGUCGUUCCCGGGACCUGGUUUCAACCUGAUCCCUCCAUAGCUCUGUUGGAUGUCUUUUUUCGAAUCACGUAUGCUUCGUUGACGCCUGACGUCAUGCCAGAAGCAGUUGAGCGUUUCGGGGAGGCGUUACGAUCAUGCUUCGAGGUGUUAGACUGA